UUAAUUGUUUUAUGGGUUUAUUUUCCGUAAAUUCACUGAUUUAGUUUUGUUUUCCAAUAGUAUUUAUCAUUGUUUACAUGCAUCAGUGUCAUGCUGCCCUCAAAUACCAUACCUCAGACCCUGCAAUUCAUGUCGCUGUCAUCUCUCAAGAAACCACAGCCAGACAUAUCCCGCAAGAAACGUAUGCCUACAAUCAGGUAAAAGCAGAUCAGUCCAUUCACAGACUUCCAAGAACACCCCCUUAAGCCCAUCCUCUGGCGGCACAGUGACCUGAAUCGUAGACAUAGGUGUAGGCGGCGAAAGGCUACCGCUGGCGUGUCUCAGGGAACCGAAUCAGCGGAGCGACGCGCACAGCUGGGCCGACAUGGUCGCUGGUUUUCUACGAGAGUGGGGUUUAGGUGAAGGGGGAAAACAAGGGGGUGGCGAGCAAAAGAACCAACAACGAAACCACUUUCAGCUCAGCUCCUGCACUGGCUGGCGCCCGGCCAACUCGGCCCGGAGUGGGUUGGCUCCUCUUCCUCCAUCUCCCCUCCCUUCUUUCCCAAACUCAGAUAGGCGCACACGAGCCAUCUAAGCGCGAGCAAGGAGAAAGGCGACCGAGGAAAAAGGAAAUUUUGGGAUAGGUUGUGUUGGUUAACGAAAGGGCUUCUCGUCGCAGGAUAUUCUUUUUCAGAUGGUCUUCGGCUACUUAUACGUCUUUUGUAAACUUUUCAAAAUGUGUCACGUUCUUGAGAAGUCACGUUUAAGCAGCGGAGAGACGUAAAUAGUUGUUUAUUGUAUAAGUAGACGGAAACGGAACAGUUAAUACCACUCCGCAGUCUUUUUCUUUUUUGAAUAUUGGCAAUUUAAGUUCAUUUUUUCUCAAGAUCAUCUCGGUCUAAGUAGCACAACACGUUAGUCUCACGCUAACGUGUUGCUGUUUUGUUGUUGUUUGUUUCUGUUUUUCCGACUCGUGGAUCUGGCAAGGUUCGGCUACCUUGUGCCUCCGUGAAUGCCCCGUUUUCUCUCGGUACAAAGGUGAAGGAUGCCAGAAUGCCUUCGCUGAUCAUCUCCCAUCUGCUCGUCAUCUGGCUAGCUGUCCAGAGGUUGGCCCUUUGCGCCGAGCGCGCUUCGACUCGGGAGCGCUUCAAGGUGGUCAUCGCUCCGCUGAUCUGCAAACGGACAUGUCAGCGGACGGGUCAAUGUCAAGACACCUGCGAGCAGGGCAACAACACCACCCUGAUCGGAGAGAACGGGCAGUCUGCUGACACUCUCACUGGCCGGGGUUUCAGAGUGGUGGUGUGCCCUCUGACCUGUAUGAACGGAGGCAUGUGUGCGUCACGCACGCACUGUCACUGCCCACAGGGCUUCACGGGGCGUCUGUGCCAAUACCCCGUGCUGAACAUGUCGGCGCGUGGCAACCAGCCUCCCGCCCUCCUGCUCCCCGGCGGGGGAAGCAACAGGGGUGUGGGGGGAGGAGGGGGCGGUGAGGUCCCGAGCAUGAACGAGCCCCUGAGUGGGCGUCAGAUGACGCAGACCCACUCCGUCUUUACCCUCCCGCUGACACAGGGCAACGGGCACCACUCGUCUGAAGUGCAGGUGAAAGUUAGUGUCCACCACCCGACGGACACGUCGGUCAUCAUCCAGCCUCUCGAGCAGCCGGAUGGGAAGCCUCCUAAGACUGUGACGCGCCUCCCCUCUCCCACGCACAAGCCUAGGGGGCGCUGUUUCCAGGAGACUACUCCCAAACAAGCUUGUAGCAGCAACCCUUUGCCUGUGCUGACCAAUCAGGAAGACUGCUGUGGCAGCGUGGGUAACUCAUGGGGCCAGAACAAGUGUUACCAGUGCCCCAAACUACCAUAUCCUGGAUUAAAACUCCAGUCUAUCAUAGAGGACUAUGGUUCCAACUGCCCCCAGGGCUACAAAAGACUCAACAGCACUCACUGUCAAGACAUAAACGAGUGCACCAUGCACGGUGUGUGUCAGAACGGGGAGUGUCUGAACACACAGGGCUCCUUCCGCUGCACCUGUAAGGCUGGCUACACCCUGGACAGGACGCGCUGCGUGGGUAAGACAGAGUUGGGGAGGUGUUACCGUAUGGUGACAGAGUCUGGCCAGUGUGAGCACGCUCUGAACGGGGACAUCUCUCUGGAGAUCUGCUGCUGCACCACAGUAGGCAAAGCCUGGGGCAGCUCCUGCCAGAGAUGCCCACGGGCUGGCACAGCCUCCUUUAAUAAGAUCUGUCCGGCAGGAAAGGGGAUGUCCUAUGUGACCAUUCAGGACAGGCUACUCUUCCCUCCCCAUUUCCCUCCAAUGCCAAAGCCUGAGCCUCCAGAGGUCAAGCCUCCAGCGACCCCUGUCCAGACGACUACACCUUUGCACCACGCUCCCAUUAGCACCCCCCGUGUCCCCACUAUCAUCAUGAAACCCACACAAAGCCCCAUCAUCAAAGUGGACCCACCAAGACACUCCUUUGAAGUACAGACACAGGUCUCACAUAUGGACAUGUGUGCACAGGGCAGGAAUAUCUGUGGACAGGGCAAGUGCAUCACUCUGGCCAAUGACUACGAGUGUCAUUGCUACCCUGGCUUUUACUUCCAUAUGCAAAGGAAAUCUUGUGUGGAUGUGAAUGAGUGCAAGUCUGAGCCGUGUGGUCACAACAGAGGGACCUGCAUUAACACGGUGGGCUCGUACCAGUGCCUCUGUUUGCAAGGCUUCAAGCAGUCUAUGCCCCAGGGGAAGCUCAGAUGUGUAGACAUAAAUGAAUGCUCCAAGCCAGACAUAUGUGGACCUGGAGGUCAGUGUGUGAACUCACUGGGCUCCUAUAAGUGUGAUUGCCUACCCGGGUAUGCCAGCAAGUCCCGUCGCCACCCCGCUUGUGAGGACAUUAAUGAGUGCCUGGACCCCAGCAGCUGUCCCAAUGAACAGUGUGAGAAUAUACCUGGAUCCUAUGAGUGCCUGCCCUGUCAGCCAGGAUACCAGGCUCAGGGAGGAGUCUGCUAUGAUGUGAAUGAGUGCCAGAGGAGAGGGGUGUGUCUGAAUGGCCGCUGUGAGAACCUCCCAGGGACGUACCGCUGCCUCUGCAAUGAGGGCUUCCUGCCUGAGGCCGACAGCAAGGGCUGCCGUGACAUCAAUGAGUGUGAGGACCAUCGGUUGUGUGCCAACGGUCACUGCCUGAACACAGAGGGCUCCUUCCAGUGCCAGUGUUACCCUGGUUACCAGCCCACCCAGGAGGGAAGCCACUGUGAAGACAUUAACGAAUGUGAGAGGGCGGCUAACUGCCAGAGAGGCCGCUGCAUCAACAUUCUUGGCUCCUACCGUUGUGAGUGUGAGAAGGGCUUCAUGCUCCGUGGACGCAGGUGUGAAGAUAUAAAUGAGUGUGAUGUGGACAGGAGUUUGUGCCAGCCCUAUGGCACGUGUGAAAACAGGCAGGGUUCCUACAUAUGUGUGUGCAAUCAGGGAUACACUCUGUCUGAGGACAAACACAGCUGUGAAGCCAUUGAGAUCAACCUCAACUACAAGAAGGAGUGCUACCUGAACUUGGAUGACACAGUAUUCUGUGACAGCGUCCUAGCAACCAAUGUCACCAAGCAGGAGUGUUGCUGUUCCAUUGGUGUGGGAUGGGGCGACCACUGCGAGAUCUACCCCUGCCCAGUGUUUCAUUCAGCUGAGUUCCAUUCCCUGUGCCCUGUGGGUCGAGGCUUUUACCAUGAGGAGGGCAUGACUGAGUAUGGACUCGCUGUGCACAGAGAUAUUGAUGAGUGUGUGUUGUUUGCUGAUGAGAUCUGUAAGGAAGGUCGCUGCAUGAACACACAGCCAGGCUAUGAGUGUUAUUGUCAGCAGGGAUUCUACUACGAUAGCAACCUGCUGGAGUGCAUAGAUGUGGAUGAGUGUCAUGAUGAGUCCCUGUGUAAAAAUGGACGCUGUAUGAACACACGAGGGUCCUUCUACUGCACCUGCAACCCUCCGUGGGCCCCGGAUGCCAGCAACAAGAAGUGUGUGAUCCCUACAGUCACAGGUGUGAAUGAAUGCCAGGAUCCUGCCAACUGUAAGAAUGGCCAUUGUGUGGACACACAGGACUCCUACUACUGCAUCUGCAACCCACCAUGGAUCCUGGCCACCGACCGCAACAGCUGUGUCACACCAGAGGAGCAGGCCGUAACGGGUCUGUCUGUGGUGCCCCUUGCAGAUGUAAACGAGUGCCAGGACCCCUCGUACUGCAAGAACGGCGAGUGUGUGAACACGCCUGGCUCGUUUCACUGUAUAUGCAGUCAGCCGCUCACCUUCAGCGCUGCACUCAAACAGUGCGUCUACGACGACCGCACGGCGGCCCAUAAGGACGUGUGCUUCCAGGAAGUGGACGAGGGGCUAAUCUGCAGCAUACCCCGAGGUGGCCACGUGGUCACCUACUCCGAGUGCUGCUGCCACUACGGCCGCGGCUGGGGUCCCGAGUGCCGCACCUGCCCUCAGAGGAACUCAGUGCUGUUUAAUCGGUUGUGUGAGAUGCACUUGGAGACAGAGUCUGAUGGAGAAGGGGACUUCCAGGCUGUAUUCGCCAACUACAACCCAGGUGGAGACAGCUCGGAGGAGGACUCGGAUGAGUGUAGCUGUGCUAACGGUCGCUGUGUGCGCUCCUACCUGGGCACCAUGUGUGAGUGCAACCUAGGCUUCCGGCUGGACCACUCACGCACUCGCUGCAUCGACAUUGAUGAGUGUGCAGAGAGAGGCCGUGUGAAUCCAUGUAAGAAUGCACGCUGUGUCAACACCAAAGGCUCCUUCAAGUGCUACUGCAAACACGGCUUUGUGCCUGCACGGAGACCCAACGUGUGUGUGCGGCCGAGGGCCUUAUAACAUCACCUCACACACAUACAUACAGUACGCACGCACGCACGCACGCACGCACGCACACACGCACACACACACACACACACACACACACACACACACAAACCCUUACAUGGACAGGUACACUCAUUUAUAUGCAAAAAAUAUAAAACAUAUCUCAUAGGAAUGUUCUCCUCUGGGCACAUCCAUGCCGACAGUCAGAAAGACAUUACGUCUCACACACACACAGAAACACACACUUGCUGCCUCUUUUUUCAUAAACACACACAGAUACAUAGAUUGAUAUUUGUACACAUGGGAGAAUUCACUUACACAUACUAUAAAAAAUUCAAAGGAAAAUAUGUUCACUGUCAGGCUCAUUCAAAACUGUCAGACUCUUAUUUACAUCGUCACAUGCAUACACAUACACAAAUGGAUACACAUUCAUACACUCCCUCACACACCUAUACAAACCAAAACCCUUUCCCUGUGGUUUCACUCUUGCCAAUAGUUUUUUUUUCAGCUGAUUUUAGUUCUCACUAUUUGGUUUAUUUUCUUGUUUACACAUUUCAGUGCCAACCAUUAUUGUAUUUUGUUGACCCGGCCUCCAUGAGAUUUGCACAAGUUUGAAACCAUUAAUUAAAUGUAACAAGGUUUCCUCUUGUUACGCCCAUGUUUUAUUGACCUUGUGUUGUAUGUUUUAUUUUAUUUUAUUGCCUUGUCACUUAAGUGUCAAAUGUAAGAAGCUGUUCACUUGUUGAUAACACCAAAAAGCCCCCCCCC